AUGUCCCGUACAGAUAUCACCGUAAAUGAGCUGCUCAGGUUUCCUGCUUUCAUCCCCUGGCGCAAAACGCUCAAAGAGUCACUCGAAGGCCAGAGCCUGCCCACACAUCCCUUCCACGAGAACCCAUACAAGCUCAAAUCCAUCACGAUUCAAUCUGUGGACCGAUUUCGAGCGAACAUAGGUUUCGUCAAACUCAAAGCACUCGUCGAGAAUGAGGAGCGUCCGAAUAAAGAGGCCUCCAAGCUGCCAGGGGUUGUAUUCCUGCGAGGGGGAAGCAUCGCAAUGUUGAUGAUACUUCGGCCAUCCGACUCGAAUACGGAGAGAUGGGUGAUCAUGACCGAGCAGCCACGAAUACCAGCAGGAAGUCUGCGAUUCCUGGAGAUCCCAGCCGGAAUGAUUGAUGACAACAAAAACUUUCACAGCGCUGCGUUGAACGAGAUUCGCGAAGAAACUGGGCUCACUGUACAUACCAAUGAGUUGCAGGACUUGACAAAACUCGCUUUAGACCAGAUCAAGGGGCAGUCAUCCAAAGAGGAGCUGCAAAUUGGAAUGUAUCCUAGCCCUGGGGGUUGUGACGAGUUCAUCGCACUCUUUCUGUGGGAGAAGGUGCUUGAUAGACAAGAGAUCGAGUCUCUUAAGGGGAGACUGAGUGGGAAGAGAACGGGAGAAUCAGAGAUGAUAACAGUCAGAAUAUUACCAUACGAAGAUCUUUGGAAGAUCGGGGCAAGGGAUGCGAAGACCUUGGCGGCCUGGUCCCUCUACGAAGCAUUGAAACGAUCAAGGACUCUUCCUGAGACAAAGUCGUGGUAG